AGAUGAUGCAAUGGACGAUCGCUCUAUUUAUCAAUCGUGUGUACUACAGCAAGGCGUGCUGGACCCUGAUUGUGGGUGGGCGUACCUCACAAAUCUUACUGACUGUAGGCCUACAUAUAUGCUCCUCUGGAUUUGUUAGGAGCCCUGGGGUUGUCACUGGACCAUUACUUUGUACAUGCAUGUGCAGAAUAGUCUUCUCACCUGUUUAUAUCCUUGGAGACGCACACCUGAGUUAAUAGACAUCAUGAACGAGGAGCAGAUGGGAAACGGUAUAGACUCUGAUGAUGAUAUCCAACCCGACGAGAUACCCGAGUACCUGCGGGACAGGAGAAGAGCCAAGUCCUUACCUGCCUAUCCGGAUCAGGCGACCCUUUACCACCAGAUCUCGCAGAACUGCAGAAAACGCGUGAAGUUCGCGGACGCGCUCGGGUUAAAUCUGGCCAGCGUGAAGCACUUUAACACCAGCGAGGAUCCGGAGAUUCCUGCCAAAGUGUUCACUAGACUUAAGAGCUACCCUCUCCAAAAGGAACGGGACUUCAUGGAUGACUUGUGCGUAAACCUGAAGUCCACUCUGACAUUUGAGCGCCCGGUGCCUACCUUUAAGAUGCCCGUGGACACUGGUGACUUGGAGACGCUGCUUACGCGCUUUCAAGUCGCGUUGGAAAGCGUCACGGUCACCCAGUUUGAUGUACGUGGGGUCAUACGGGCGAUUGGUAGGAGUAAUUGCAAGAGAGUGGCUGGAGUCAGGUAUACUUUUAAUGACUGGCUGUCGUUCGUGGACGCGCAAGCCAUCCUCGUGCCCAACGAGUUGACGGCGCUUGGAGAGCGCUUUUCCUUCACCAUGUACACGCCUCCUUUCUUAGGUCCAAGCGCUUCUGUGCAUUUCGCAGUGUACAUGAAGGAUGAUAACUCUGAAUUCUGGGAUAACAAUAACGGACUGAAUUACACCCUGAAGUAUAGCUCGUCCUCGUGCGAGACAGCGGCUUUCAGUGCUAUAUGAAGAUGCGCUUUCACGCACUGCUCUAACGAGCUAUUUGUGCGUUUUGACUGUAAAUGAAAUUUAUUAAGGAAUGUAACUGCGCUUUGAACCCCAAAACAAACCUCUUCGUCGUAAUUUACUCAUUUUAUUCCAAAUCAUUAAUGACAUUUUGUGUGCACUGAAGAGAGAAUGUGUAUAGGUUUGGAGAAGACAUGAGAUAGUGUCAUUAGAGUAAAUAAUGACAUCAUUUAUACGGUUGAUGGCUUUUUUUUUCAAAAUUGACUGACAUAUCCAUGGAAAAUGCAGACUGGCCUUUCAUUCAAAGUGUUUUCAGGAUGUAAAAACAUUGUUAACAUAAUAGCUACAUAUGUCUGACUAUAAGCUCAAACUCAACUUCUGUUGGUUCACUUCCUUGCCAUUGAGUAACCACACAGACAAUGCGAUGGACAACUUCAGUUUGAUUGUAAAUUUUCAGCUGACGCACUG